CACAGAGUUCCACAGUCAAGAUUGUACCUGUGGUGUAGAGGUAUCAUGUUCAAAGUUAUUAUGUAAUGCCCUUACUUUCUCCCCAUUUGAGUUUGGAAAAUGAGGCACCUCCUUUGUGCUCUAUAACGAGUGUCCUGUAACGGGUUCCCAUCAUACGGAUUCAAUUUUCUCGUGAUCUGUGACAGAUCAAUCUCUAGAUGAGCAAGUUCAGCAGUCUAUUUGAUCGGUGGGCAUGGAACAUGCGAUACAUAUAUACCCUUAAUCUUUCAGGUUGUGUCGUCUUUUCAGCGUUUUCGCUACAUCCAGCUACACCCCUCAGGCCUGAUGCCUUUGCCCUCGGUCACAGGUACUUGGGUGAUAUUUCGCGCGAAUCCGAGGCAUACUCUGAAUACUCUACAAACCUCAAGCACGUCUCCUGGUGAUGUUUCAUCAACAGACACCUCUUCUACUCAAAGCCCCACCUACUGGGACGUGCCGUGGCCCCCUUUUCCCACCUCUGCAAUUGCAACUCCCCCGUCUGGCACCGCCUUCACUAACCAAGUUAGUACUUCACCCGGUAACAACUCGUCCACUCCAACCAUGUCUCUAUCACAAAGCUGCUCCGACGACGUUUCGACUGUUGCAUCCUCCGGCCCCUCACAGUCACCGUCGCAAGCAAAUGCGUCUGUCAACCAAAGCGGUCAUACCGUAUUGGUUGGCUUGAUUGUGGCACUUGCUCUUGUUGGUGGCCUCCUCGUGACAUUGAUAGUCUGCCUUAUUCUACUAUACCUGCGUCGUAUCCGUCACCAUCGAACUUCGAGGCCUUUGAUCCAUCCAGUUCCAUCAGUGAAGGAGGCCGCCUUGUCGCUGCCUGGCGUGGCUGGUGGCUCAACGAGGAUGGCAUCACCGUCGGUUCCACUGAGCACGGCCGUCGAUGCGGGCGACUCUGGAAAUGAUUCGGCUUCUGCCUCUGCAGAGGGAUCAUAUGCGCAGGAUACGAACAGAUGUGAAUCGGCAUGCCCACUGGAUUCCCAAUCAGACACACGUCCCGGUUGGACUUACCCGAGUUCUAAGAUCGGGCUUGCCUUGUGAAAUAGCUGUGACAAUAAUGGUGGCGCAAACUAUACCUUUCGUUUCGUAUACAUUGUGUCCAACCGAGUAUUUUGCGCUGAUGCACAUCUGAACAUUCUUCUAGUUUUUCCGAUGUGACACUUACCUGAAUGGUCUCGCUACCUACGUAACGUCUCAGAAUAAUUGUUGAAGAACUUUGUUGGAGAGACGCAGGUCAAACACGUGAUGAUCAUGAGACGAUUCACGUAUCCUUUCUUUCGUUUCAUUAU